AUGGCUGACCAAGCUUCUCAACAAUCUGCCUCACCAUUAACCCUUUCCUCCAACCAAAUCACCAUGCGAGAUGCAGCAUUCCUUGCUGCCAGUCGCAGGCUUGCUGCCCAACCCCACACCAUCCCCAGAAUGAUUGAGAGAGCCCAGAGAAACCCCUUGGUUGUCAGACAUCCUCUAUUCAAGAGGGAGCAAAGCACUGAGAGGACACAAGUUCCAACUCCUACCGUCUCAACUGAGUGUGAGAAGAAGAGAUGCGAUGACACGGAGUUGUUUGGCAACAUCCGGAGCAAUCUGGAGCUAGGAGGAGGAUUACUCGAGGUAGGGGUUGUAAACCAACCACUGUUUGUGGAGGAGGUGACGAUGGCAGUAACUGAAGAGGUGGCGGUGCUUGAAGAAGUGGCAGUGACUGAAGAAGUGGUGGAAGAGGAGGAAGAUAGAGGCACUCUAGCCUUAGAGAUUCCUAAGGUGACUGCCAAUGCAGAAACCUAUGAUGGACCCUCCAGAGUUACAGUGGAGGAAAUUGCGUUGGCUGAAGUUGUGGUGACUGAGGUUGCAGUGGAGACACAACUAGAACUAGUUGAAGAGAAAAAGAAGAAGAAGAAAAGCAAAUGGAGAAAGGCUAGAGAGGCUGAGUCUUCUCAUCAUCACAAGGAGAAAAAGAACAAAGAAAAUAAGGAUGAUAACGAAGAUGAGGAGGCCAAGAAGGAAAGAAAGAAGAAAAAGAAGGAAGAAAGAAGAAUGCGCCGGCGUGAAGAAAGACGCCUAAGAAAAUAA